AAGUCUCCCCUCUCUCUCCCCCAAUUCCCCUAAACCCCCGUCAUUCAGUAUGUUGCCCUCCCGCUACUUCCUCCGCAAACCACCGUCAAAUCACCUCCUCCUCCGCCACGUGUCCACCACUCCCACACCCUCCCGUUCCUCAUCUUCCACGACCCAUGUCAAAAAACAUUCCGGCGAUCACGAGUUCCUUCAUCCCAGCACCUUCAUUAACACGUGGAAGCCUCCACGCGAUCCAAAGCAGGCCGAAGCUCAGCUCGCACUUCUACGACGAGAAUACGCCCGUAAAGUCAAGGAAAUCCGGAAGGAGUACAUCAAGGAAAUGGAAUUGCAGAGGCUCGAGAAAUUGCGAAAAGAUGAGGCAAAAAAAGAGGCACUGAGAAUCGCAAAUGAGGAGAGAAAAGCCGCGAAGGCUGCGAAGAAGAAGGCCGAGGCUAUUGAGAGAGAGGCCGCGGAAGAAGAGUUCCGGCGGACCCUGAUGACAGAAAGAGCAGAGAAGCUUGAAUAUUGGAGGAUUAGACAAAUGAAAAUUGAGGAGAAGAAGAAAGAAAAAAAGGAGCUUCUGCAUAGACAAAGUUCUCUGUGGGUCGAUGAAUCGGAAUUGGAGAAGAAGACCCUGGAGGCCAUUGUUGAUACUAUUCCCCUCUGAAUACGUUCUCUUUCAAAGCUGAUUGCAUGAAUUAGUAUUGUCGAUCCUAGGAUACUUAGUCUUGGACUGCCAUGUUUUGAAAUUUCCCAAAAUUCAAGUUAUUCGACUGUUGUCACAGUUGUAACCUGAUUAAUGUCUGAUAGAUUCCUUUCCUUUUUGGGUUAUUAUCAAAAGAAGUCUGGAGGUGAAUGAUGGUUCCUUAAAUAAAUUGCAUACUGAUUAUCAUAGUCAAGUCAUUGUUUUCGAGAGGUAUAAUAAUCUCUUUCAAAUAUCGAAUUGAAACU